UUUAGCUUCAGCUUUAGUUGUAAAUUUUGUUUUUGUAUAUAAUUCCGUUUUAGCCAUCAUUUUUAAUAGAUAAUGUUUUUAAUUUAAUUCGUCCAAUGCUCAUCGCCUCCUCCAUGACUUUCAUCCUUUGAAAUAAUCGUGAGUGUUCCCAAGUCUUGAGUUUUUCAAAUUCAUCAACCUUCCUCCAGUUCUUCCUCGACCAUGUGGCCCAACUGUUACUAAUAUUUUACUCACACAGCAUAUCAAGAGUGGGCAUUCAGAUUUCAAAUCAAAGAUGUCUGAUCUGUCGGAAUCAGUUUCCUCUUCGUCCUCAAGCAGUCGAUAUAAUUUAAUGCUUGAAUCUUGGGGAUUGCCUAAAACUAUUCUUCAGCAAUAUAAGAAGCAAGGUGUGGAGAGCAUGUUCCAGUGGCAAUUUGAUUGUUUGACGCAUGAAGGAGUUCUCGCUGGUAGUAAUUUGGUCUUCUCAGCCCCCACAUCUGCUGGUAAGACAAUGGUAGCUGAGAUUAUAGCAAUUCAAACUGUGUUAGAACGGAAAAAAAAAGUCUUAAUAAUCCUACCUUUCAUUUCAGUCGUCCGAGAAAAAAUGGUUCAUCUACAGGAUUUAUUUAAAGGAACCGGUGUCAGAGUGGAGGGCUUCAUGGGUAGUCAUGCUCCACCAGGAGGUUUAAAAUCUGUUCAAAUAGCUAUUGCAACAAUCGAAAAAGCCAACAGCUUGAUCAACAGGCUACUCGAAGAGGGCUGUCUGAGUGAAAUUGGCUGUGUUGUCGUGGAUGAGCUUCAUCUUAUCGGUGAUCCGCACCGAGGCUACUUAUUGGAAUUGCUACUUACCAAACUCAAAUACAUGAGCCAAAAAAUGAGUGACUGCCAGGUUCAAGUGAUUGGCAUGUCAGCUACUCUUCCAAAUUUGAAUCUACUCGCAAAUUGGUUAUCAGCCGUACUUUUCAAGACAGAUUUCCGUCCAAUUCCUUUAGUUGAAUAUUUGAAAGUUGAGUCCGAUGUAAUCACAACGGACAAUCUCCGUACAGUACGGAAAGUUUGUCCACAAAUUGAAAUCAAGAAUGAUUCAGGAGAUGUGAUAUGGCUGUGUCUGGAAACAAUUCUCUCCGGACAUUCUAUUUUAAUUUUCUGCCAAACCAAAAACUGGUGUGAAACUUUAGCAUCACAAAUUUCUGCAGAAUUUAUGAGAAUAGGUAGUGGUUCAACAGAAAUAGCGCCACAUCUGAGGGAAAGAUUAAGUCGAGAGGCCAUAAUGGAAAUGCUUGAGCAGCUGAAAAUCUGUCCUGCUGGCCUGGAUAAAACUUUGGAAAAGUGCGUCUCAUUUGGUGUUUCUUUUCAUCAUGCAGGUUUGACACUUGAAGAAAGGAACAUCAUAGAAGGGAACUUCCGCAGUGGUACUUUAAAAGUGCUUGUUGCUACAUCUACACUAUCUUCAGGCGUUAAUUUGCCAGCACGAAGGGUGAUUAUUCGUUCACCAUCAUUUCGUAACCAGCCAAUUGAUAUUCUUUCAUACAAGCAAAUGGUCGGGAGAGCAGGGCGUAUGGGUGUGGAUUCUCAAGGCGAGAGCUUUUUGAUUUGUACCAAGGCUGAGAGAAAAAUUGGAGAGAAAUUAGUCAAGUCAUCCUUGCCUCCUGUCACUAGUUGCCUUGGGCGUACAGAUAUCUCCAACUCUUUGAAACGAGCCAUUUUAGAGGUGAUAGCAAGUGGUGUUGUUUGUAGCACAGCAGAAGCUAAACUCUAUGCUUCUUGCACAUUACUUGCUGCUUCGUUAGACAAUGGAUUCAGUAAUGAAAGUUUAUUGGAUCCAAUCACAUCUUCCUUGCAGUAUCUAGAAACCAAUGAGUUCAUCAAGUCAGCCGAAGAAAGCUUAACGCCAACACUUUUAGCCAAUGCGUGCCUCUCAGCGUCCCUGCCACCUGAUCAAGGUAUCAAACUCUUGAAAGAGCUACAUAGAGCACGACAAUGUUUUGUCCUGGACACCGAAUUACAUGUCAUUUACCAGGUAACCCCAUUUUCUGUUAGUGAGCAGUGGGGGUCCCAGCUCGACUGGCUCCACAUACUAUCAUUGUGGGAGAAUCUGACUCCAAGUAUGCGUAAAGUGGGAGAGAUGGUUGGAGUUGAUGAACGAUUCUUAGUGCGAGCUGUACGGGGAACCGUUAACUACAAAUCCACUGCACAUCUAGAGAAAAUGACAAUACUGCGUAGAUUUUACACUGCCCUAGCCUUACAAGAUCUGGUGAAUGAAAUGCCUCUGAGUCAAGUGGCCUCCAAAUAUCAAGCAUCUAAAGGGAUGAUUCAAUCAUUGCAGCAGUCUGCCUCAGCAUUUGCAGGUCUCGUCACUCAGUUUUGUCGAAGAUUAGGCUGGGCAACGAUUGAACUUCUCGUGUCGCAGUUUUGUGAUCGUCUUCAGUUCGGUGUUCAUCGAGAACUGAUUGAUCUACUGCGAUGCCAAUCUCUGGAUGCAUCUCGAGCACGUGCCCUUUUCAAUUGUGGAAUAGAGACGCUCACUGAUCUGGCAGCUGCUGAAGAAGAUCAGGUUGAAAAAGCACUACGAAAAGCCAUCCCUUUUGAGAGUGAUAAAGAAGACCUGAAAAAUCAGUGCCGCCGAAUCUGGGUUGCCGGCCGAUCAGGCUUAACUGAGAGAGAAGCUGCUGCUCUAGCUAUCUCGGAAGCAAGAGAAAUUUUGAAGCAUGAACUAGGAUUAAAAAAAGUGGAGUGGGGUUCUGACAGAAGUCAGAGCGAUGAAGCAGCUAACAUUCCAGAGUCUUCAAACAGUGAUACAAUUUCUAAGACCAGCACACCCUCUCACCCAACAAAUAAAAAUUUAUCCCCAAGUCAAACGUUUGGAAGCACAAGAGUUAAUGAAACUGCAUGUGAUCAUGGGAUGGGAACAUCAGUUUCAACGGAAUCAGACUGCAGCUCCAACAUUGAAUCAAAUAAAAUGAAAUUAUUUCUUAAGUCUAGUCAAGACAGCUGUGAUACACUUUCCAAUCAUGAAAGCAACGGAGAAUCUAAGGAAAAUCAGUCAAAUAAUUUUAAUAGUAGUUUUAAGUCAUCGCAUGAUAAUUCUAGCAUGAUUGCUUCUCAGGAAAUCCUGAAAUGUACCAAAAAAUUAAGUGUAAGUCAGACUUCACCGUCUCAAAAUUUUGAAGUGGUGGAAGAAACCCAGUCGACCUGUAAGUCUAUAAAAAAUUCAUCUAAUAUGAAAGCAGUAAUUGAAGAAACUGAAGUUUUCGAUUCAGAACAAAUACCCAGUUCUGUCAGCAUCAAUCUAAACUGUGAUAUUGGAGAAAGAAAGAGGGAAAGUUACGAUAUUUUUGAUUGCAUGCAAGUAGACGAUUCUGUUUUUCAAAUGAUCAGCACAAACGAAUUAAGGCCAAAAUCUGUAGGAAAGGUGCCCUCGCAAAAUUUCAUCAGUUCACCUUUUGAUUUGGAACUGUCAGGCUGCAGCGAGAAUAAAGCGGAGAGUUUAAAUUCUUCUAGCAUAGUAGAAACAUCGUUAAUAAAUCCCAAAAAAUCCCAGAGUUUAGAUUCACCUAGUUUCUUCGAAACAUCGGUUGACGAAAGGAAAUGGUCCUCCAAAGUAUCGAUUAUCAAGCCAAAAAUAUUAAAUAGUUCGGGAUGCAUGGAAGCUUCAAUACUGACAGCAAACCCUACACAAAUCGACUCUCCCAGCUUGAUAGAUACCUUAUUGCUCUCAAAAAAAAAACUAAACAGUUUAGUGCAGCCUAAACAAAAACAAAUUAAAAACUCACUGCAUCUUGAGAUAACAGAGAACAUUAACUCCAUUAGAAAAAGCGCAGAUAUGUUUCAAAACCUCCCAUUUUCAGAUGUCAAUUAUUCAGUCAAUCCUGCUAAAAGAUUAUCAAUUGAAAUGUUCAACUCCGACAGCGGAGGAGACAGUAUUUUAGAGUCCUCCUUGUUAAUUUACGAGGAGACGCUUAAAGAACUGAAAGCAGAAGCAAGAAUGUCUGGAAAGAAAAGGAAACGGAAAAGUAUGAGUACGCGAUUAGUCAAACCUAAGCUUGAUACUAAUUUGAAAGAAUCUGCUUCUGUUGCUGAUAAAGUUUCAUCUCCAGAUCUGUUUGAGGCUAGCUUCUCUGGACAAAUCAACUCGGCAAAUGCAAGUUUGAACAGUAAUACCAACGCCAAUCAGAAGAGUAUCAGUCCUGAGAAUUCUAUGUUUGCUCAGACUCUGAAUCUGGACACGCAGCUUUGCCAGGAAUUAGAUGGUGUCGCGACCAGAAAAAUGAGAAAAAAGAGUCAUGAGCUGGCAACCAAGAUCCCUGUUUCCCAGAAAUUCCGUCGACAAACGCGGCUUUCGCAAAAACUCGGGGCCAAACUUACCCAAUCGAGGCCAUGCAAAACUGCCACACCUGAUAAACUUUUGGAUGAUGUUUUCUUGUCGGACACACAGGAGUUUUCUUUGAUCAAGAAUCAUCCAAAAUUAAGACGAAGCUCAAGAAAUUCAUCAUACCAAAAGCCCACUGGUGCACCAAGUUUGGUUGCCAAUGCGAAAAAAAUUGGAGCAAAAACUCGAAGUUCCAUCAGGAAAAGCAAAGGAAGUGAUAACGGAGAUGAUAUUGUAGGGAAUUCUCAAGAAGUUAAUACUAAUAAGCCAACCAGAGGCUCAAGAUUCAGCUUCGGCAGGAAACCUGGUCCGGCAGCCCAGAAACUCCCGGUCAAAAAAAAAGUAAUGCAGAAAGACAAUGCAGCAGUCUAUCAUUUGUGUAAAAACAACAAACUGAACCGAGCCCAUUUCGAAAGACUGCUCCGCCAAAAAUCUAGUCUGUGUCUCUGCAUGAAGUACGUAAAAGGAGUCGCCAAGGAAAGUAACAUCGGCCGAAAAUUUAUCAAAAAAAGCACUAGAUCAAGUGUAAACUCUGCUGGUAGUAAAAUUAACAAGUUCAAUGGCGCAUCGCUCAUCCUCACUUUCACAGCAGAUGCAGAAGAUAUCUACUAUCUGGAUUUGAAUGCAAACGACGAAUGUGGGAUCGAGAUCUUGAAAGAAAUAUUUUCCUGCUCGGCCUGUACGAUCAUCACUGUUAAUGCCAAGUACAUUUACAAGAUUAUCAACAGGUUUUUUCAUCUUGCUUGGAACUGCAGUUUCCUAGAUAUGGCAGUGGCUCACUGGUUGCUGGAGCCACAUUCAGGCGACUAUUCAUUUGAAUUUUUGGCCAAGUACUACCUAUUGGAAAAACUUCACAAUAGUAUGGUGGAAGAUGUCAGAAUUGUUUAUCAGCUUUAUAGAGCUUUGGAAGCAAAACUGACUGAAAGGAAUCUGAUGCAUGUCUUCAAAGAAUUAGAAAUGCCUUGUCAACUAAUUUUAGCGCAAUUAGAAUCGGCUGGAAUCAUUUUCGACCGGCCGCUGGCCAAUCACAUGAGCCUGGAAGCUGAAGUUGCAAUGAAUGCCGUUCAGGAAAAAAUAUUUAAAUUGGCUGGGAAAAAAUUCAACUUGAAUUCACCGAAAGAGUGGAAGCAGGUCAAGAAAAGCUUGAAAGUAGCAGAGAUGAAACUAGAAGAAACGCACCCAAUCAUAGUAUCAAUGUCUCAGUGGCGCAAAAUUCAUCAUCUCCUUUCGAAGGUUCUGAAUCCGCUGCUGCUGGCAAGUUCCAAUUCAAGCAAGAUUCAUGGCUCAUGUUACACGCACACUGUCACAGGACGAGUUUCAAUGUUGGAGCCGAAUUUGCAAAUGGUUCCUCGUGAUUUUUCUAUCGCAAGUCACUUUUUUAGCCCUCGAUCAGCCUUCCUUUCUGCCAAAGGAAACAAAUUUCUGUCGGCUGACUUUCGGCAGCUAGAACUUCGUAUUUUGGCUCAUUUAUCAGGAGAUGAAUCAUUGAAAGAGGCAUUACUGUCUGGAGAUGUGUUCAUCAACAUCGCUGCCAAGUGGAAUCAUGUCCCCGCAGAAGAGGUGUCGGAUACAAUGCGACAGCAGACAAAACAGCUUUGUUAUGGUCUGAUCUAUGGAAUGGGCUCAAACACCCUAAGCACAGAACUUGGUGUCAGCGUGGAAACUGCCACAAAAAUGGCUGAGGAGUUCAAAGACGCCUAUCCCGGAGUCAAACAAUAUAUCAAACGUGUUGUUGAAGAGUGUCAACAAACAGAGCGCAUUUUCACUUUAGCUGGACGUUACCGUGUGUUGGAGAAUAUCUGUCACACAAAUCCAGGUGUUAGAAGUCAGGCUGAAAGGCAGGCAGUGAACUCAACAAUCCAAGGGUCUGCAGCUGAUGUCGCAAAAGCUGCCAUGAUCAAAGUUGACACUAAACUGCGGCAGUUCACUCAAGAUAAAAAUGAUGUCACCGCGCAUUUGGUGUUGCAAAUGCACGAUGAAUUGAUUUAUGAGGUCAGUGAUCAGUAUGUGUUUGAAGCUGCCAAGAUAAUAGAAGGUGCCAUGACGUCAGCUGUUACACUAUCCGUUUUGCUACCAGUUAAAAUAAGAAGUGGAAGUUCUUGGGGUUCUCUUCAAGCAAUUACUACCGCAACAAGCGGUGAUAAACUAAAUUUCUGCCAAUCUGAAAUGGACAAGACACUCCUAAAAAGUCCAGAGUACUAAAUAAAAAAGCCUAAUUUCUUCUACAGAUCACAUCCAUUGCCAGCUUCUGUUUAUGGAUGAGCAAUUGUUUAGACUGUGAUCCAGGAGGAAAAGGCCUCAAUGUUAAACUUUAGUUAAUGUGUUUGAUGUUUUUGUUUGUUUUUUGUGAACUUAGUAGAACUUGACUAUUUGAACUAUUAGGGAAUAGCGGGUUGUGGAUGAGAAAGUCUUGGAGGGUGGUCAAAUAGGUAAGCAUUUAAGUUCUUCAUUAAGGAUGUGAACAUUGCACUAUGGUGGCAUCUAUUAAAUACCUAACGCUAAAUUCCGAAUUUCUCAACCUCCCACCCCCAUUCGUUACGCUUUUGUAGUGCAGGUCUCUGUCCAAACCCCCUCGGGGGGGGGGAGGGGUCUUCCCUAAACCCUCUUUCCCAGAGCAUGGAGAGCCAUUACGUAGUUAUUGGUGUUUUCUUGAAAAAUUUAACUUUUUAGCUUAUCUUUCUUGAUGAUAAUUAUCAAAAUUUCAACGAGUUCAAAUCUAAAGAAGAAAAAAAUUUACGAUGUGCCUCUUCAAAGUUCUAUUGGUCAAGAUUAUUAGGCUGAAACCAUUCAAAAUAGCUGCAUUGAAAUGGUUGAAUGUUUAAAAAUUUGAUGUGGAUAACUGCGGAUUUGAAUAUUUUGAGUGUGUAUUAUCACAUGUCUGAAAAGCUUGAGUUGAGAUACAAAAUCAUAAAUAACAUAAGUUCAAAUAAUCAAGGUUCUACUGUGUAGUCGCUUUUACAAAACUGCACAGUUCGAGAUACUUCCUUCUCAAACCUUUUUAUUGUCACUUGUGCAAUCUAAUCAGUGUACCAAGAAAUCAAAAAAAUGUAUAGUACGUUAUAGACAGUCUCCCUAAAGAUGUUCGUUUAAAACUUGAAGAGCAAUAGUUUUUAAGCUGUUUGGCCUAUGCUAUAUUAAGUGUACAACUUUAAAUGAUUUUUACCAUAUUACUAAGGAAAAACACUAGGUUUACUAAAUUAUGACCGCAAAUAGUUGGAGACGGAAAAUAUUUUUCUCACUUUUUAAGUGUACGCAGCAAAGGUUUAAAAUGCAUGUUAGAAACACAGAAAAUAGGAGUUACUAUUUGUAAAUUUUCAGGAGAUUCCACUUUUUUUGGCAUUCCCACAGAGCAAGUGACAUGCUGUUGAGAACAUUUUGUUACGGACAAAGUCAAUUGUUAAUCAAGAUUCACCAAAAUUUUUGCUCCCAAUGUUUCAUUUUGGAGGCCAAAAGAGGUGCAAAUAUUCAUAGUCAUAAUUACGCUGAAGUUGAACGGCUGUCAAAAUUUAUCAGUGUUAUCAGUUGCUGCGCACACUUUACAGCUGAAAAAGUAUUAUUAUUGUUGAGAGAUUAGUAGACAAGGCUUACUAGAGAACCCUGUCUGCAUGCACAUCUGACAAUUCAACUGGCAUGGUUUCAGACAUACAGUCUACCUUGGCAGAGAAUGUGUCAACCCCUAUAAACUAUCAUUCUGUUAUCAUUUAUCCCAACCAAUACACUAUUGUGCCAAGGAAGAUUGCCGUAGGAGCCCUCAGACGUUGCCAUAUUUCUUCAAGAAAAAACGAAUUUACCGGGAAAAUUAAUAAUAUCCUUCUUCAAAAUUUUUAACUUUUGUAAUUCAAUCUAAAAUAUUUGAAAAUGUCCCGGAAAAAUAUGCAUAACUUUUUUCAAGUAUACGUGUUUUAUCUGAAGAGGUUUACCAACUCUUGUAUGCUCAUACGGCAGGCAUUCUUCCACAGCGGGACAAGGCAGUGAAUAAAGGGCAGUUACUUUUCUGUCUCAGAUACUGUGUCAAGGUAAUUUUUUAAGAGUCCCUUACAGUGAUUUUUCACUUGAGUAACUUCAAUCAAAUGCAAGUUUUCUUUUUCAGUUCAACAACGCUUCAAUUUUAUAAAAAUAUUACCUCUUUCGCAAUUAACUCGAAAAUGUCCAGGUAUAGGUUACUUACUUACUCACUUCAAUAUUUAAAGUAUUGUAGAUGAUAAAUAGGUACUAACUGCUGAAAUUGGAAAAAAUUACAUUUGCAAUGAAAUACUGGAAAGAACUACAUUCGUACUUCAGGCUUGGUUUCCCUCAUCAAUAUCCCUCUACAUUAAUUUUUAAUGAGGUUAAUUUCCUCAAGUUUGUAGCUACAGGAGGGGUCGAAAUUUCCCUUGAAAGUUAAAAACAUUAGACUAAAAACAUCCCCGGUCGCUCUUCAAAUUGUGAGUGUGUUCUAUAGGGUAGGACAGUAUUGUAACUUCAAAUUUAUGUCCUCCAAGCAAAUAGAUUUUAUUUAAGAAAACUUCCAAUUUAAGUCCUCCAAGCAAGUAGAUUUUAUUUAAGAAUUUUCUGAAUUGCUGUAAAGAAAAGGAAUGUCUCUAUUAUGAUCUCUAAGUGCUAUUUUUUUUAUGAAUAUUGUAGAAGUGGUAGUGUUUCUAUAAAAUUAUAUUCAAUCAAAUCAAGAGGUUGAAUUGAUAUUGGAAUUAAGUGAAGAGGCUAGUUUAAAUGGGCCUCUAGACAAGGGAUAAUUUGAAGCACAAUGCAGCGCUACGUGUUUUCUCUUCAAAAUUUCACAAGGAAAAACAAAUCACUCUACAGGAAGUUUGAAAAUCAACUCCUGAACAAGAUAUAAAUGUUUUCUAUUAACAUUGGUUAAUGGUAAAUUACAAAAGCUCUUAUUUGUAUGAUCGAACUUCCUCUUGAUUUGUGUUUAAAAGACUUGUUGAUAUCUCGUUCAGGAGUUGAUUUCAAAACUUCUUCUUGUGUGAAUUGUUUUCUAUGUAAGUUUUGAAAAGAAAAACAUGUAACGUCUCCCUUUUCUUUAUACCUUGUCUAGUAGUCCAUUAAUCAGGUAGAGAUUAAAAUUACAUUGUAGCUUGAUCUGAUAUUAAAGCUGUAUUUAGUUUACUUACAUGAAUUAGAUCACUUGAAUCAAGGUUAACGGAAACUCAUCAAUUUACAUUUUGGGGAACAAAAAUUAAAUUUCACCUGUCAAAAGUACAAAGUAGAGAACAAUUAUUUUAAAUGUGAGAAUAGUUAUUAAACUUUGUUGCCAGCAUUGAUUCUUGCGUAGGAAUGAAGCUUCAUAUUCUUUUAAUUGGUUCAAACUUGAUGCGACUUGGUGCCAAUGGCAUGAAUAUGUGUGGUUCAACCAUUUUUAAAUCAGUGAUUUUGUUAAGGAAA